GCUCCAGUGCGCGAGCCGCCGCUGAGCUUCGACGCGGCCACAGCUCGCGGCCUCCGCGCAAAGGCCAAGGAAUGGCUCGCACGACUUCUGAAGUCAGCGGCCUACCAGGUGGGCGACGCUCCCUCUCGGGGCCUCAGUUCUCGGAUCUUAAAAACCCGAGCCAAAAGAGGGCUUAAGAGCAAAUUUGCCCAGCACGGCUCACUCGAGAUCGCUGGCCCCGACUGGCCUGACCCCGGUAUAGGGUCGGAUCGAGGCAGGUGGCUGCGAUGGACUCACUGGCAGCACCCCAGGACCGCCUGGUGGAGCAGCUGCUGUCGCCGCGCACCCAGGCCCAAAGGCGGCUCAAGGACAUUGACAAACAGUACGUCGGCUUCGCCACACUGCCAAACCAGGUGCACCGCAAGUCAGUGAAGAAGGGUUUUGACUUCACCCUCAUGGUAGCAGGUGAGUCCGGCCUGGGGAAAUCUACCCUUGUCCAUAGCCUCUUUCUGACUGACCUGUACAAGGACCGGAAGCUGCUGAGCGCCGAGGAACGCAUCAGCCAGACGGUAGAGAUCUUGAAGCACACCGUUGACAUCGAGGAGAAGGGAGUCAAGCUGAAGCUCACUAUUGUGGACACGCCCGGCUUUGGGGAUGCUGUGAACAACUCUGAGUGUUGGAAACCCAUCACCGACUACGUGGACCAGCAGUUUGAGCAGUACUUCCGUGAUGAGAGCGGCCUCAACAGGAAGAACAUCCAGGACAACCGGGUGCACUGCUGCCUGUACUUCAUCUCCCCCUUCGGACAUGGGCUGAGACCGGUGGACGUGGGCUUCAUGAAAGCACUGCACGAGAAAGUGAACAUUGUCCCACUCAUCGCCAAGGCAGACUGCCUGGUCCCCAGCGAGAUCCGGAAGCUGAAGGACAGGAUAAGAGAGGAGAUUGACAAGUUUGGGAUCCAUGUAUACCAGUUUCCAGAAUGUGACUCCGAUGAAGAUGAAGACUUCAAGCAACAGGACCGGGAACUGAAGGAAAGUGCGCCCUUCGCUGUCAUCGGCAGCAACACUGUGGUGGAAGCCAAGGGGCAGCGGGUCCGGGGUCGGCUGUACCCCUGGGGGAUCGUAGAAGUGGAGAAUCAGGCUCACUGCGAUUUUGUGAAGCUUCGCAACAUGCUCAUCCGCACUCACAUGCACGACCUCAAGGAUGUGACGUGCGAUGUGCACUACGAGAAUUACCGCGCCCACUGCAUCCAGCAGAUGACCAGCAAGCUCACGCAGGACAGCCGCAUGGAAAGCCCCAUCCCUAUACUCCCACUACCCACGCCGGAUGCGGAAACCGAGAAGCUCAUCAGGAUGAAGGAUGAAGAGCUAAGGCGCAUGCAGGAGAUGUUGCAGAAGAUGAAACAACAGAUGCAAGACCAGUGACACCCUGCCCCAGCCCUACACCAACAAGGAUAGAGGGCUGCCUGUUUCCGGGCUGGCCCCUCCUACCCCUGGAUCCCAGACUGUCGAGGAUUCCACCCUGGGUUCAUCUGGAUUUCAGACGGCCUGGACCUAACCCUAAUCCAAAGUGGCUUUGACCAAACUGUUCAGAUCUGGAGCCACGGAGCCACCGCCCCCAGAUGACCCUAAUUUAUUCUCAGCAUCCACCCUUCCUAGUCCUUUGUAUCUACUUCCAGAGUGGUCCGAACCACAGCCCCUCCCCAAGCCCCUGCUCCCACCCCACCCGGC